GGGAUAUUUGUUAUACGGUCCCCCAGGGAGUGGUAAAAGUAGUUUUAUACAGGCACUCGCUGGUGAAUUAGAAUAUAACAUAUGUAUUCUAAAUAUAAGUGAGGUUGGUUUAACUGAUGAUCGAUUAAACCACCUUCUAAGUAAUGCUCCGGAACGUAGCAUAAUGCUAUUGGAAGAUAUUGAUGCUGCUUUUACGCAAAAACGUGAAGCACAAGGUUAUGGUUCGUCGGUAACAUUCAGCGGCUUGCUAAACGCAUUAGACGGCGUUGCAGCCUCCGAAGAACGCAUAAUAUUCAUGACAACAAAUUACGUGGAUCGACUUCAACCCGCGCUGAUUCGUCCGGGUAGAGUUGAUUUUAAAGAACACUUGGGUGUGGCGAGUGACUAUCAGAUACGCACAAUGUUUUUGAGAUUUUAUGAAAAUGAAACUGAAUUGGCUGAAAAAUUUGUGGAGAAAGUGAGGGGAAAAGAAAUUAGUACUGCUCAACUACAAGGGCAUUUU